AGGAGCCUCUCAGGAGCUCCACACAGCCUGGCCAGACAGCAAGGGACACAGAAGGCAAGACUGGGGGUUGGGGGCAGGGGCAGAGGUGUGGACUGGGGAGGCAGGGUGCAUGAGUGCUCUCUCACUCGGCUCUUUCUACCCUUUGUCCGCAGAGGCAGCCGCUGUCAGCACCAACAUGUCUUACAGUGUGACCCUGACUGGGCCAGGGCCCUGGGGCUUCCGUCUGCAGGGGGGCAAGGAUUUCAACAUGCCCCUCACUAUCUCCCGGAUCACACCAGGCAGCAAAGCAGCCCAGUCCCAGCUCAGCCAGGGUGACCUCGUGGUAGCCAUUGACGGCGUCAACACAGACACCAUGACCCACCUGGAGGCCCAGAACAAGAUCAAAUCUGCCAGCUACAACCUGAGCCUCACACUGCAGAAGUCAAAGCGUCCCAUUUCCAUCUCCACAACAGCACCCCCGGUCCAGUCCCCUCUGCCGGUGAUCCCUCACCAGAAGGACCCUGCUGUGGACACGAAUGGCAGCUUGGUGGCACCCAGCCCUGAAGCGAGGGCCAGCCCGGGCACCCCGGGCACCUCGGAGCUCAGGCCCACCUUUAGCCCUGCCUUCUCCCAGGCCUCCGCCUUCUCCUCACACAAGGAGGCCUCUGACCCCGGCCCUCUGCGGGCCAGCCCAGGGGCCAAGACCAGCCCAGAGGGGACCCGGGACCCGCUUGGCCCAAGAGUCCUGCUGGGCUCAAGCCAGCCAAGGCUGUAUAACAACCCCAUUGGCCUGUACUCGGCAGAGACCCUGAGGGAGAUGGCUCAGAUGUACCAGAUGAGCCUCCGAGGGAAGGCCUCGGGUGCUGGACUCCCAGGAGGCGCCGACUUCCAGGAACGCUUCAACCCCAGCGCCCUAAAGGACUCGGCCCUGUCCACCCACAAGCCCAUUGAGGUGAAGGGGCUGGGCGGCAAGGCCACCAUCAUCCACGCACAGUACAACACGCCUAUCAGCAUGUACUCCCAGGAUGCCAUCAUGGACGCCAUCGCUGGGCAGGCCCAGGCCCAGGGCAGUGACUUCAGUGGGAGCCUUCCUGUUAAAGACCUUGCGGUAGACAGUGCCUCUCCUGUGUACCAGGCUGUGAUUAAGCACCAGAGCAAGCCGGAAGAGGAGGCUGAUGAAUGGGCCCGCCGUUCCUCCAACCUGCAGUCUCGUUCUUUCCGCAUCCUGGCCCAGAUGACUGGGACGGAAUUCAUGCAAGACCCUGAUGAGGAAGCUCUGCGAAGGUCAAGGCCCCAGGCCUCAGCAUACAGUCCCACAGCAGCCACCUCUCCAGCACCUGCCGCCCAUACUAGCUACUGUGAGACCCCUGCUGCCCCUGCACCCAAGCCCCGGGUUGUCACCACUGCCAGCAUCCGGCCUUCUGUCUACCAGCCAGUGCCGGCGUCUACCUACAGUCCAUCCCCAGGAGCCAAUUACAGUCCAGCUCCUUACACCCCCUCACCUGCCCCUGCCUACACCCCCUCACCUGCCCCUGCCUACUCUCCAUCCCUGGCACCAGCCUAUACCCCCUCACCUGCCCCCAACUAUAACCCUGCCCCCUCGACGGCCUACAGUGGGGGCCCUGCGGAGUCUGCCAGCCGUCCUCCCUGGCUGACAGAUGACAGCUUCUCCCAGAAGUUUGCCCCUGGCAAGAGCACCACCUCCAUCAACAAGCAGGCCAUUCCCCGGGGGACUCCAGCCUACAACCCUGCUGGUCCCCAAGGCUCCCCGCUUGCCAGGGGCACCAUCCAGAGGGCAGAGCGCUUCCCAGCCAGCAGCCGGACUCCACUCUGUGGCCACUGCAACAACGUCAUCCGGGGCCCUUUUCUGGUAGCCAUGGGCCGCUCCUGGCACCCAGAAGAGUUCAAUUGUGCCUACUGCAAGACCUCCCUGGCAGAUGUGUGCUUCGUGGAGGAGCAGAACAAUGUUUACUGUGAGCGGUGUUAUGAGCAGUUCUUUGCCCCCGUCUGUGCCAAGUGCAACACCAAAAUCAUGGGGGAAGUGAUGCAUGCCUUGAGACAGACAUGGCAUACCACCUGCUUCGUCUGUGCGGCCUGCAAGAAGCCUUUUGGGAACAGCCUCUUCCACAUGGAAGAUGGGGAGCCCUACUGCGAGAAAGACUACAUCAAUCUGUUCAGCACCAAGUGUCACGGCUGCGAUUUCCCCGUGGAGGCUGGUGACAAGUUUAUUGAAGCCCUGGGGCAUACCUGGCAUGACACCUGCUUCAUUUGCGCAGUCUGCCAUGUGAAUCUGGAGGGGCAGCCAUUCUACUCCAAGAAGGACAGACCCCUUUGCAAGAAGCACGCUCAUGCCAUCAACGUGUAGGGGCCCGAGAGCAUCUGGCACUGAGGAGGCCUGAGCUGCUCCUGCUGCUGGCAACAAAGGAUUCAAGGAGGCUGAAGUUUCUUUUGGGGGAAAGGGAGAAGAGAAGAAGCAAUUGAGUCCUUUUGAAGUAUAAUUUUAGUUUUUUUCUUCUGUACACAGAUCACAUAUUUGCAUAGCUCAGACUAGAAGCCAAAUGAAGAUUCUAAACCAAGCUAGUAAUUAAUCUGGAAUUGUACUUCAAACAUUUAUAACAGAAUUCCAAGAACUCAAAAGUGAAAAGCAAAAAAGCAGCUUUCCCAAAGUGAUACACUUCCCUGCUGUCACCAGAGUAGGAACAGAGCUCAGAGCAGUUAUGAAGAAUCCAAAGCAUUCUGCGGAGUUCUUUAGCGCUCCCCUGGCAAACAAAAUGAAGUACCAAACAGUUCUCGCUGCAGGGUAUUUUUAGAGCCAUAGCUGAGAGCUUGUUAGCUAAGACCUAUUGGGCUUUCCGCACCAAAAAAGGAAGUGUUAUUCCAUUACUAGCGUCAUGGAGCUACCUCUGCGCAUCAGACUUCAGACCUUGAACAAACUUGAAAUGUUCUAAAGGGAGCCCAGACGUUCAAAGAGAUGUCUUCUGGGAGUCACUGGGCAAUUGCCAGGGCUCCAAGAAGAGCUCUGGCUCAUGCUGCACACAGCUGAGAAAAGAUGGACCCUUCUUCAAAGAUAGGCCUCUUUCAGUUUGAAACAUCCAGUGUCCCCAGAAGGCUUAGCUCCUUUUUGAAUUGUGAUGGGAAAGUGGAAUUGGGUUUUUCCAGUUUU